CGAUGACAAUAUACCAUGACGCAUGACGCACGUGGGGACAUACGUGACCGCGUGGCUCUUGUUGUGGUAGACGCCAUUAUUCACAUCCUGUGUAUGGGCUAUAUUGAUAUGGAAUUGUUACUUUCAAAAUUACAGUUUGUAAAAAAUUUAUAGACACUCAGAUCGCAUUUAAAAUUAAAUACAAUCAUGAGCGAAGAUGAAAAAGCUGAGGAUUACGAGUUUGAUGUUGACAAAAGAGCUCAUCACAAUGCACUGGAAAGAAAACGCCGUGAUCAUAUUAAAGAUAGUUUCAGCAGUUUGAGAGAAGCUUUACCAUCAUUCCAAAACGACAAAGUGCGGGCUUCAAGAGCACAAAUUUUAAAGAAAGCUGCUGAUUAUAUACAAAAUAUGCGAAGAAAAAAUAUAUCCCACCAAAAUGAUAUUGAUGAUUUAAAAAGGCAAAAUAAAAACCUGGAAGAUCAAAUACGAAUGUUGGAGAAGGCCAAAGCAACUGGUAAUUAUUCUAAUGUCAAUAUCUUAGAAGUGCCCAUUAUUAAUAGUACUAAAGCAUCAUUGUCCUCAUAUGAAGCAGACUCAGAUUCGGAAGCAAGCUCAGAUACCACAGAAUCCACUGACGGUCACCGCAAAAGGCUCAAGACUGCUUGAUGAUGACUAAACUAAUCUUUCCCAGUAAAAGAAUUAUGUGAAGGUAUUUUCAAAUUCUAAAGGAGAAAAAAAGAAGAGGAAAAAAAAACGUCCGUGUGUUUAGUCACUAAAGUGUGUUCUGUAAUGAAAUGUUCGGGUCUCUUUAAAGGAUCUCAUGUUAUGUGAUAGUAGUGUUCUUUUAUUUUUUUCAAUCCACAAAGAUAAGUUUAAUAGAAAGAAGACUUUUCAAGAAAUGUAUUAAUGUAUAGACUAGACUUUUAACUCAAGGUGCUCACACAGUUAACUUUAAAAUUUUAUUUCUUCUUCCAUUAGCUUAGCAACAGUAAAAGUAAGAGUGCAUUUGCAUAAAGUUAAAAAAAAAUAAUUUUGAUAAACGCAAUUCUGCAUCAUAUUUUCCGAAAACUUAAGCUCAAAUCCAGGUAUUAAACAUCUUGUUUUACAAUAAUACUUUAUUAAUAUCUUAGGAGUAAAACAUAAGAUAAACUGUCUUGGAAAAUUUUUCCAAUAGUGAAAAGAUGGCGAAUGUUAGCUGCAAUAGCGCAGUAGUUAUGACAUUGAUCUGUUAUAGUGAAGAACUGUCUUUUGUCCCAUUUGGCAGUUUGAAGUCAACCUAGCUUACCUGGAAUGUAAAGCCCACGGUGCUGCCUUCAUUGCCACCAUCACACUGUUAGUCUCCAAUUUGUCAGUCUUAACCUCCAUAACCCCUUGGCUCAUAACUAGUAAUGCAAGUUUUUUUUGUGGUAUGAAUAUCCUUAUUGUAUAUGCCCAUUUUAACUGUUGCAUUGUUAUUAAUGGAAGAGAAUAAUUUUUUUCUAAUGAUCCCAUUUGUAUACAUACUUAAAGUAAAGCAAUAUUCUGUCGGUUGUUUGAUAACUAUGAUUUCUAGUUAUAUUUUAAAAGUUAGUUGUGAAAGUUUUACUUGGUAAAUGAAGUCAUCCUUUCUAUAAGAGCCAUUUAUAAUGAUUAUUGAAUACAAUUGCUGCUGUAUUGUCUACUCAUAUUAAUGUUACACACAAUUUGCUUUAGUACAUAUAUAUAUAUACUAUAUAUAUAUUUUUUAUGUUGUAUAACAAGACUCAAAUGUCUAAAAUGAUUUUUAAGGAUAUUUCAGCAGUAUUUAUGGAUUACAUAAAAUUAGAAAGAUUGUUAGCAAACAUCAAGUACUGAUAAUGGACAAGUUUGAAGCUAAUAUUUAUCAUUGUUAAAGUUUUUUUAAGACUGUAUUUUGAAAAAGAACUAUCUAAUGUGCAAUUUUAUGGAUCGUUCAACGUGUUAAAAGUCAUAACUUAUAGUACCUGAAUUUCUGUUGAAUUAAGCUUUACAGAUUGUUUAUUAUAGAUCAAAUGCUCUGAUUAAUGUAUAUUCAAUGGUAUUAAAAUCUAGUCAAAUAUUAAAUUUUAACAUUUAAGUAAUGAAUUGCAUUUGUUUCUGCUAAAAUUAUCAGUUGUUUGUUUUAACUUUAUCUUCUUAAUUAUAUUAACAUGCCAAUUAAUUUCUUGUGAUUGCUUGUUAUGAAACAAACUUGCUAAACAUUUGUGCUUUCAUUUUGUAUUAUUGCUAAUGAACAAAUUUAUACCAAAAUAGUUGAAGUUUUUUUUUUUUUUAAAUUUAAUAUUUUUAACUGAUUAAGUUAAUAAUAGACUACAUAUUUAAAAUUAAAAAGUCUUGAUGUUAUGAAUUUUUUAAUUCGAUGCUAUGGCUUCUGUGGUAAUACUGUAGCUUCAGCAAGCUUAAAAACUCUUAUGAGCCAGGAUAAGUAUUUAGUAUUUCAAUGGUACUUUUAGUUUGUUAUUUAAACGUCAUGUUUUCUUGAACUAGUUGUUUUGAAUUAAAUACAUUAUGUAGUAAAAAAAAGCCAGUUACCCCCCUUUUAUGAAUAGGUGUUUCAACACGAUCUGAACAUUUUGAUGUGAUAUUACUUAUUUAUUAAAAAGUGAUACUUGAACUAUAAAUGUCUGACUUGUAACCUUCGAGGGCUGUUUUAAACGAGACAGUCUCCAUAACAAAUGGCAACUAAAGAAUUUUUGAAAUUAAUGGACCUUUCCUAUACAAAUACAAUGUCCAACUUUUAUUAUUUUUAGGCUUUUUGUAUUUCCCAAUUCAUUUUUUGAACUUAUUUCUCUUUAUUUAUUGCUUCUAAAAAUUGAAUAUUAAGCUAAAACAAUGUAAUUACUUAAUUUAUAUGAGACCUGAAACAAGUGUAUAAUGUCAGAAGAAAUAUGUUUCUCCCUCUUUAUCUAUAAUACUAUGAGCUUGCUUUCAAAUAUAUGUUGUGGAACUAAGAUAACUUAGUCGUUAAACCCUGAAUUAUAGGUGCAUUGAUAAUCUGCUUUUUCCAUUGUGUUAUUUAUCUUGUAUAUCAUAAACAGGAGUUUCUGGAGUGUUACAAAUUUGAAUAUACUUUUUUCAGGUUUUGUUUCAAUGGGACUAGUUUCAGAUCUCAUAUAAAUGGUGUGUAAUGCUCUCAAAAUAAUUAUAUCAACUUUUAUUCCUUUGAGAUAGUUUCUACUGUGUAACAACUAUACAACAUGAAAGUUGUGUAAAUUCUACUUAUAAUAGAAUCACAAAUUAAACUCUUUAUUGCAAAAUAAGUUAUCUGCCAACCCUUAUUCAUGUUUGUGCAUUAAAUACCUGCUUCUUUUACUUCUAGGAUUUUUCCUAGUCCUCUAUAUGUGAACGCACACAUUAAAUGUUCUGUGUAUUCGUCUGAAAUAUAUGUCACAUAGCUUUUAGCGCUUUAAAUGUCUUGUGUAUUUAAAUUCUAGUACAUUUCUUGAACAAGUACUAUGUAGCUUUUUAAUGUUAAACAUUAAUGUAUUUUAAAUUCUGAUUCUUUAUUAAUGAUGCAUUCCAACUGCAAAGUAGAUGUUUUAACUAUUUAAAUUUUGAACUUAAGCUCUAAAAAGCUGUUUACAACUUAUUAGGUUUGCUUCUUCAGAGUGGUCGCUCCUUUUGGCAAAUGAAAAAAAAAUAAAAAAAAUGGAAUUCACAGGUCAUUUGAGAAUAACAUUUAAAAUUUCUUGGAGAAGUUAUUAAAAUUUUACAAGCAAUUAGCAGUAUUGUACCAAUUAUAUCAUAGAAAUUCACUGUGAAUAUGUUUAAAUUUUUAGGCAUUAAAACUGUUUUAUUUUAUAAGAGUAGAACUAUCAUUUUUCAUAUUGUUAAUGCUAUUUAAUUAAAUAAAUUAGUUUGAAUUAGAAAAUAAAUUUAAUUAAUAUUAGUAAUUUUGAUUUUUUAUCAAACAAAUCUUUUUUAUUAAUUUCUGAAAGUAAAACUUAAAAAUUUUAUUUUUCACAAUCAAUUCAUAUCUUUCUCGAGUUUGUAAAAAAAUUUAUCGUAAAUUUGCUAAAUAGAAGAUAAAUACAAUGUAUAUAAAUUUUUUAUGUACAGUAUUCAAACUAUGAUUAUAUUUGUGUAAAGUCAAGUCACUAAAAUUUGUAAAAUUUUACUUUGUCUGGAGAGUGACCACCCAGUGUUGGGAAUUACCUGUAACUCGCUUUGUAAAUAGAAUUUUGUGUGGAAUAUUGCUACAGGUUCCUGUUAGAUCUGAACUAUUGUAAACAGGUCUAAAUUUGGAUAUAAAAUUAAUUAUUGCAACUGGAAUGACACUUUAUAAUGCCCUUUUAAAAUGUGUUAAGAUUAACAUAUUACACUUGAAGAUCUUAUUGCGUUGCGCUUAAUGCAUUUUAUAUCUCAAAAUUCUAAAUCUGCAUUUAAAAAGAUAAUGGUUAAAACUUUUAGAAUUUGUGCUGUUUAUGUUUAUGGAACCUACUGUAAUAAGCAAAAAAAAUUUAAGGACCACAACUUUUUUUAAAUUUAUUUUCUUAUUCUUCAAUUUCUUAUUUUCAACAUAUUUUAUUUAUUGAUAAUUAUUUAGUUAUUUUUUUUUUCUAAAGUAAAAUCUAUUACAAAAUUAAAAGUGUGCAUAUUGACUCAGAAAAUAUGCUUCUCAAUGUUAAGACCAUAAUUUUUUAAAAAUAGUAUUGUUUAAUAGAAACCCAUUUUUUCAGUUGUGUUUAUUAAAAGUCUUGCUCUUGCACUGAGAACUCUCUAGCUUUUUAUAGUUGGAAUGAAUACAAUUAUUUUCCAAAAAAGUUUACGGUGGUCUUUUAAAGUAUUCUAAAAACUUUUUUUAAUGUAAACUAUGAAAAUAUAAAUUCAAGUAUUUUAUUACAUAUCCUAUGUCCAGUAUUUGCAUCACACUCGCAAUGAGUGAGUGGUAUACAUUCCAAGCUUUAUUUUUCUAUAAAAAUAGACUCAAAAUAUUUUUAUGAAUUUAGUAUUGAUAGAAAUUUAUUCUGUUAUGCAAUCGCAUUUUGUUUGUUGUAUAAGUUGAAUAAUUUUAUUUUAGGUUUUGAAUAGAAAGGAAAUAUAACUUAGUGAGUGUGAUAUAUUUAUACUGGACAACCUAUUUAUAGUGUAAUUUUCUUUCAUGUUCUUAACCUUAUACUGUCUGAAUGAAUUUCUUUUUACUACCUGAAUCUUAAGUUAUUUAGUUUAUUAUCUUUCAACAAAGUAAUUUUAAGUCUUGUGCACAAGUAGAGAAAUUAUUCCAAAUUGAAGAUUUAUUUUUCACUGCAAAAAUAAAAUGAAUACUGAUGGCUAUAUGCAUCACUAUGCAGUUACGGGUUAAAGCAAGUCAUAUGUAUUGAUGUCAUAUUCUAAGUAAAAUUAAUUUAACCUCAAUUGAAAUGUUGUCAAGAUUGUAGGAAGUAGAUGUGUAUUAUAAUAGUAUCUUUUUUUUUUUAAUCAAAUUUUGUUUAAAUGAUCAAAAGCUGACAAUAAAUAUUUCCUUCCAUCCAACUAAUUCCCGGUGAAAAUAAAAUGUCCCUUUCCACCUCUGUGUCUAGAAUAUACCUUUUUACUUAAUGGAUAUAUGGAGCUUCUGUAUAGAUCGAUUUUGGAGCCAAUUACUCUUGUAUGUCACUUGUGUCCCUGUGAAAAUUAUUUAUUCCAUGUUAGAUGAUAGUAUGUGUUGUAUGACUGUUAUUUAAUUUAUAAAUUUUGAUGUGGAUUAAUCACCGAUUGUAAAUAAUUUCAUGUGAAAUAAAAAAGGCCAAGUACAAAUGUGUUAGCUA